CCCAAAUGCCCAAUCCGUUAACAGGAAGGACAAAAAAAACCCAAAAUCCCUUUGUCCCCUUCUUCAAUAAUGUCGAUAACUUACCGCCUCCAAUCUCUCAAGCUUUCAUCCCCGUUUCUCUGUGGCUCAACUUCCCUCUCUCUUCUCUCAAAACCCAACUCUUCUCUCUCUCAACGACCCUUCAAAACCCCGGCUUUUCUCCCUCCAAUCAGGGCAAUGAAAUCCAUGCAAGGCAAGGUGGUUUGUGCUACAAAUGACAAGACGGUGUCCGUGGAAGUGGUGCGCUUAGCCCCGCAUCCUAAGUACAAAAGGCGUGUCAGGAAGAAGAAGAAGUUCCAGGUUCAUGACCCUGAUAACCAAUUCAAAGUUGGUGACUUUGUGCAGCUUGAAAAGAGCAGGCCUAUUAGCAAGACCAAGUCUUUCCUUGCUGUGCCUAUUCCAAGUAAGAAUGGGAAGCAUAAGAAGGAGGAGACAGGGGAGCUUGGGAUUCCAUUGGAGUCUAAACAGCCUCAAGAGGAGCCCUUGGGGUGAGUCCCUUUCUAUUUUGGUAAAUUUGUAAUAUUU